GUCAUCAACUCCUGGACUCAAGCGAUCCCCCUGCCUCCACCUCCCACAGUGCUGAGAUUACAGGUGUGAGCCACCAUGCCCGGCCAAUUCUCUUUAGAGAACGUUAGAUCUGCCAAAGAGUUUAUGGACCAUCUCAAAUCCCAAAUCUUUAAAAGUCCUCUAUAAACCAGCUGAAUUUGACCCAUGUCCCAAACCCCCCUCCCCUGACUUCUUUCCGCCCUUUUCCUCCUUGCAAGCUGAAUUUGCAAUUCCCUAAAAAACAGAGUUGCCUAAGGUUUGUAUCCAGUAUGGGUCACGUGACCAAUUCUUUUCUAAUGAAAAUGUUAGAGGAUGGGAUUAGCAUACCUUUUGUAGGUAAACAAUGUUAUGAUUCACUUUUUUUUUUUUUUUUUUUUUGGUGGUUGUUGAGUAUAUUCUCUGCAUUUCAGGGUGCGUAUUUGAACGACAGAAAUUUAAUAAUUGAUGCAACCAAAAAGUUAACGGUGUUCCUUAUGUAUUAAGUAAGUCAAAAUGAGCCUGGAGCGGUUUUGAAUUACCGCUUGGGGAUAAUAGAUUUCAAGGCAGCAUCUCCACUGUGCUUCCUGCAUCUUUUGAUGAUUCCUAAAUUCUGUCCACUCUUACCCGUUUGUAUAUAAACCACUCAAAAACAGCCAACAUCAGCCUCGAAACUAUGUUGUUUAAACUCAAGAGCAGUUUUGUUCCAUGCUUAUAUUGUUGUCCAUACCUUCAGCAGGGCCAAGCCAUAAAUAAAUAUUUGCUGGUUUGUGUUGACUGAAUGAUUUAAGAUAAAUAAACAACCUCAAAUGCCUACUGAGGCCAGAUAAUGUAAAUGGGAAAAGUAAACAGCAGGGAGUGUGGUGAACAGGAGCACCCUAGGUUCCUCUAAAGGUUGUGGCUUCGACCACACUUCAAGCCUAUUUUGCACUUUUGGAAAACGGAUCCCAGGUUGUCAGAGCUUCUGGUUUUCCAAGAGAUGCUGGAAUCUGGGUUUUUCAUGCAAUCCCUCAAUGUUUAAGAUGUUGGUAAUCAAUUCAAAUUUUUACAAUACAUUUUGAAGGCCAAUACUGUAAACCAAACUAAGCACUUCUAGGGAGCCCUUGCAACGAAUUUGCAAUCUUUUCAUUAAACAGCACAGCUAAGAUGAAAACACGCUUUUUUUUUUCUUUUUCUUUUUUGAGACAGAGUCUUAUUCUGUCACCCAGGCUGGAAUGCAGUGGCGCGAUCUUGGCUCACUGCAACCUCCGCCUCCCAGGUUCAAGCGAUUCUCGUGCCUCAGCCGCCCAAGCAACUGGGACGACAGGCGUGCACCACCAAGGCCGGCUAAUCUUUUGUAUUUCAGUAGAGACGGGGUUUCACCAUAUCGGCAAGACUGGUCUCGAACUCCUGGUCUCAAACGAACCACCAGCCUCCGCCUCCUAAAGAGCUGGGAUUACAGGCGUGAGCAACUGCGUUGGGCGGAAACACACAUUUUCUAAGAAAAUGAUUGCUGGGAAGGCUACAGUGGGUAAGAGGUCUUGCUCUCUGUGGGCCCGCCUGGGUCGGGAUCAGCGCAGUGCUCUCUGCCUAAGCGAACUUGGGAAUUUUCUACAAAGCUCAGUUUCUGCACCUGUAAAGUAGCAACGGUUGUUCUGAGGCCAGAAUGAGAAAAUGCAUGCCAAAGCCCUUAGCAUGAAGCGGCUCUCAGUAACCGUUAACCACUCCUCAUUACCCCUCUUCAUAAUAGUAGAAUUACUCAUGGCCUCACCAAAUAUUGUGCAAAUAAUUUCACGUUCCCAGGUAGCUCAUCCCUCCCACAAAAGAUUUGAACGUUUUCCAUAUGAUAACGAUCCACUCGUUUUUGCUAAACAUCCAGAAUGGGCGAUAUCGACCUAUCUGGAAGGACACAUACGAAUCCCUUCCCAACUCAAACACGAUGUUCUUUCUGGCUGGCACCAGGGCUUCUGUUUGCAGCGACUUCCUGGGACCCGGCGCUUUCUCACAGGGCCUCUGGCAUCUCCUCUGCGGUGAUUAAGGUUCUUCUCAUUUCCCUUCCCUGUUACUACCCAUACUCUUCAAGUUCGAUAAGUUUCCUUUUCUAAUCUCUUUUCCGGGCUUGUUUACCCAAGUCUCUAAUUGCCAAGGCCUCUGGUCUCUCCCCACCCACAACUUUCCUCCUGGUUAAACCCUUCCCCUCCCGCCACUCCCAGCUCCCGCCACUCCCAGCUCCCGCCACCACUGCAGCUGACGACGUCCAGUGUUUGCAGAUGGUCAAAGCCGACCCCCUUCUCCUCCCACCCCAUUUUGUAAGGAAGUAAUUUCGGGGCCGAGCGCUCUACGCCCCCCGCCGCGGGUCGGCGCCGCAGCGGGUCGGGAGCGUGUCCAGGCGGGUCGCGCUCAGCGGGGGACUUCCCCGCCCGCCUGGGUCCCGCGUCAGCUCACCUAACGCCGUCUGCGGGGCGGGGACAGGGGCGGGCCCGGCGUCUAGUUUCCCUACGUCACCAGGGAAGUUCUCAUUGGACAAAAGCGUGGUCUCUGGCGCGGGGACCUUAGAGAGGCGCGGGGACCUCAGAGUUGCGCGGGGACCUCAGAGUUUCCCGGGCACUCACCGAGUGUAGUUGGCAUCUCCGCGCGUCCGGACACCCGAUCCCGGUACCCCUUCCUGCGGCACUGUUCGUGUUCAGCUCGCGUCCUGCAGACGUCCGAGGUGCUCCAGUUGGAGGCUGAGGUUCCCGGGCUCUGUAGCUGAGUGGGCGGCGGCACCCGCGGAGAUGCCUGGGAAGAAAGCGCGCAGGAACGCUCAACCGAGCCCCGCGCCGGCUCCAGCAGGUACCGACCCGCUGGGGACGGCGGGGACGGCGAGGAACCAAGCCGGAUUUGGGAUUGGGAUGCAGCUGCGUUUCACCAGGGGCAAAAAGCUCCUCUCCUCCUCUCUUUCCUCCUCGCCACUUGCCCUUCCCCGGGGCCACGAGGAACAAGUGCAAGUGUAGGCGGCUGCCUCUGGGAGAAAGUCAUUAUCGCGGCAGAAGGGGCAGGAGAGAGCCCCGGGGACCGCCUGGACUCCCAGUGCUUCCAGAGACGGCCCCAUAAGGGCCCCUGUGUUCAGGAGCCUAGAAAAUCUUGUAACAUUUAAUAAUCGAUAUUGUGGAAUGUGGAGAUAGGAGAAUAGGAGUUAGUCCGCUCCUUUUUUUCAUUCAUUCAUUCCCACUCCCCACCCCGAUACAUACAACUCCAUCAUAACUUUUCAGGCCUGCGCCCCGGCCCCAUCCUUUUUCUAAAUCUAAACAGAGAACCCAGUCACUGCCCAGAGCCCGAAAUCUGUGUGGGCCAUACUGCUGUUGCAUCAGACGAUUAUACGUCCCCCCACCUUUUAAGUUACUUUCAUUUUAUAGAGCUCCUGGGGCGUGCUAAGGAAGUGGUGCAUUGCAAAUGUGACCAUGCCUAAGAUGGUAACAACAGGCUGCUGUCUCUGGCGCUUGUGUAGGAUGGAAAAAGCUUUGUCUACCUUUUGUGAUGUCUUAGGAUUCUGACCUUGUUUCUUUCUGAAGGAUCUUACCUGUGCACAGCACUUUCUGGUCCGACUUAAUUCCCAAGAACAGGAAGCAGCACAAAGUCCUUCUUAAACUUGAUUUGAUUGAUACUAAUACAUUUAUAGGUGUGUAACUGCAAUUUUUAAAAAAUUAAGGAAAUGACCGGGAAGUAUUUUCUGCCUUGUUUUCUACAUUUUUGGUGAAAGGGAUAACUUUUCCACUUAGAAUUCAGGGCUUCCAGUGUCGGAUGCUGAGUGGUAUUUGGUUUUUCUUUUAGAACUGUAUAUUAAUAUAUCUCAAUCUCUGCAGACAACAUGUCUAUGUAAAUACUUCCCAACAUGUUUGAUCCUGUAGCCCAUAAAGAAUAACAUCUUAAGAGAUUAAUUAGGUCUCUUGGUGUAGGAGUUAGGAAAGAUUUCACUCACCUCUUGUAGAGAGAAAUUGGUUGAAAUAUAGGUUUAAGAUUUUGCUUUACUAUAUAUUGACAGCUUUGAUUCAUUUUGAGCCUAAAUACGGUAUUUUCAGGGUCGAUUUAUAAAAUAGACCAGAUUUUAAUUUGUAAUCAUGAUUUUUAAUGUUUGUAAUCAUGCAGUGUACCCGAAAGACCUCAAGCUGCCCUUUGAAAUAUUCAAGAAAAUUGAAAUUAUAGUCAGUAUAGAUACAAUAUUAUAGUCAGUAUAGUAUUAACUGCACUUACUGAAAAAAAGUGUACUUGGAAAUUAUAUUAUAAGCAUUAUUUUUCUUAAUAUUCAGUUAGAAUAACUCAAUUCCAAAAAGUAGUAAACAUGUGAAUUAAACAUUGCUUAUUUUCUGCUCCUCUCAUUUCCAUGAAGGCAAUGGAUUGGUACAUAAUGGUGUUAUAGGAAGAAGUGGGUUUACAUUAAAAUAGAAAUGUUUAAAUUAUUUUGGAGAAUGUGGACUUAAUUUUAGAAUAAGAUUUUAUGAGUCUUCUAUGAAAAAAUAUCAGAGUUUUUUAAUGAGAAAAAGAAUACCUCUAGAUUUGCCUAUAUAAUGAGAGUAUAACCUAAGCUGUAAAUUAUUGCCAUUUGAAAAUCAAAUCCUACUUGAAAGCCACACAGAACUUGACUUCUGUUUCCUAGCCAACCUUAAAUGAAACAGAAAAAGAUGACAUCAUCUAAGGCUGGUGACUUAUGCUACUCUUUGUAGCAUUGCUUUUAAAAUGAAAUGGUUUUAUAAUGUUCUCACAUCUCAAAGAAUGAUAAUGCUACUCUUCGUAGUAUUUGACAUAAAGAAAGGUAACACUUGCCUCAUCCAGGAUGCGUUUUUAAAAACCUCAAAGUAAAUGUCUUUAUUCUUACCUUAACGAUUGCUUUCGGUGAGUCACAAUGUGUGUAAGUGUGUGUGUGUGUGUGUGUGUGUCACAUUUGGAAAACAGGUGCACAUAAAGCCAAAGUUAAGAGAAAUGCUUCCUGGGAUCCUCAAUUUGUCACUAGUGUGGGCGUAUUAGGUCUUGCUGGUUACAGUUUGUGAUAUCAUCAAUGUUCAUGUCCAUGUUUUGCUUUCCU